AUGUAUUAUCCGACUUGUUAACCAUAUUAAUCUUGUCACAUCCCUUUAACUUAGUGUGUGACCUAAUAAUAAUGCUUGGUCUAAACGACUCAACCCGAUAUUAAUGGAGCUAUCAUAAAUGAAAGAGAAUAGUUAAGAAUGCAAUUAAUGGAAUUGGAAGACAGAUAUCACAUAGAUAUUGAAGAAUUGAAAAUCAAUCUUCUAUCUGAAAGUGAAAGGAUUCUAUAAAAAUCUUUAAAUGAAUUGGUUUAAUAAUAUGAACCUUAAAUUCACUAAAAGGAUUCUCAAAUUAAUGUAUUAACUCAGAAAUUGCAAGCAGCCGAAAGCACAUUAGAAUCAGUCUAAGUAGAGAACUCAAAAUUGAAAGAAGUUAUAUUUAAAAAAAAGGAUAAAAUCAAGUAUUUUAAAUAAGAAAUGGAAAAUUAAAAUAAUUUUCAUAUUCAGAAGCUAAAUGAAUAAGAAUAAUUUUGGAGAGAGAGAUUGAAUAAAGAAUUAAAUUAAUAAAAACAAGUAUUACUUUAAGAAUUCUAAUUUGAAAAGAAAUCAUUAGAAGAAUAAAUAUAUAAAUUAAAAUCUUAAUUGGCUUUAUUUGAUGAAAAAUAUCAACAAAUUUUAUUUGAAUUAGAAAAAAUCAAAUAAUAAUUAUAAGAGAAAACACAUGAAUGUGAGGAAUGGAAAACCAAAUGCAGAAGAUUGGAACACAUGGAGUCAAUCAAACCAUAAACUUUAGAACAUUCUCCAUCUCGAGAUAGAAUAUUGGAAUUAAGAAUUGAACAAUUAGAAAGAGAAAUUAGAGUCAAGGAUGCCAAAUUGGCAAAGAAGAAGGAAAAGGUACAGACAGUUAUUUAGCAUGUUCCUUAAUAAGUGAUCGUUGAAAAACCUAUUGAAAGAAUUAUAGAAAUUGAAAAGAUUGUCCCAGUCGAAAGAAUCAUCAGAGAAAGAGUACCUGCUAGAUAGCCAAUUGUGGUUUAAUAAAAUAUUUAAAAGAAAGUCGAAAGUGAAUCUGAUGAUGAGGAAUUAACGGAGGAAAUCAGAGUGUUAAAGAGAAAGAUUGUAGAAUUACAAUAAGUAAUUGCUAAUCUUAAAGCUUAACUGGAUGAUUCACUAAAUGAAAGAGAUGAUCUACAACAUAAUUAUGAGAUCUUGUUGGCCAAGGUGAGACAACUGGAAGAUUUAUUGCGUAGUAGGAAUAGGGAACUCUAAGAUAAAGUUAGCUCCUUAUAGAAUGUCAAAAAGGAUGAGGACAAAAUUAUCGUUCAUGUGAACUAGGGUAAAAAUAAAACGAGUCAUGUUGUAAAAAGAUGA